UUGGCGAAUUUUUUUGCUUUUAACAAACACAUCCCUUCUUCAGCACAUUGCCAUAGUUACCAGGGCUUUGCUGAGCUGUAAAGCCCGGGUGGUGUGUGUGCCAAUGUCUGCGUGUUUUGGUAAAACCCAGGAGGCCGAAAUGUCUGCCAAAAUGAUCAAAAGGGGAAAGCGGCAUUAUUCUCCUAAGGGCAACGACGCCAAAUGGUUUCCUCACCCAGAUGUGCCGCAGACCGAGGGCAGGAAUCGCGAGCUGUCCACCAGCACCGGGCUCAUGCUGACCCAAGUGACCGACUCGCUGCCACAGGCCUUCGACUUUGAACGCUUUCCCAAACUGAGGAUGGAGCACAAAACCAGGACAUAUCCAGUGUCAGACAUCAACAACAGGCUUUCCCUCCACGAAAAUAUCAUCGUUUUCGACGAUGUGAGUACGAAACCGUGCGUUUUGUGUUUCGCUUCACGCUUUAAAAGCCGACGUUUUGCCACGUGGUCUUGCCAGGGCGCGGGACGCAGAAAGUGUCCCCAGGACGCCAGCAUGCACAGAUCCCACUUCUGCCUGUGCCACGACGGCCGCAAAGGCAGCGUUAAAGUGGGCGACUCGGUCUACCGGGCCGACUACGCCACGCAGCCGACCGUGGAGGAUACCACCGCCACCAGGCGCUUCCCGCGUGAUCACAAGAAGAAGUGCGAGAAGACGGCUACGGCGCCGGGCGAAGGGGACUUCAUGUGGUUUGGGAAACAUAAUCGUGACGAAGAGAUCAGCAUGGAAGUGCUGGGCUUCGCCAACCUUAAAACAUCCAUCAGGCCGUAGGAUUCCCACUUAAAGUAGCUUAAUAAUAAAUAAAAGACCUAAUGCAAAAUACUCCCUUUAUAUUGUCUGCAGUUUUGUGCAAAAACAAACUAUU